AAAAAAGAAAAGGCGCAAACCAAAAUAAACAAAUUUCGUGCUAACAAGUUUUGAUAUACUUUAUUUAAGUUUUCUAGUGAACAUUCUAAUAGUUUUGGUCUCAAAAUGAGUCGCAUGACUGACAAGAAGGAGCGGUACAACUCGUUCAACGAUUUGACCGCCCUGACGCAGUGCCUGGUGAAUCGAAACAUUCUGAUCGAUCUGCGGAACGAAACUUCGGUCGCCGGCAAAAUCACCAACGUCGAUGGGUUUAUGAACAUUUCCAUGGAAAAUGUAGUUUACAUCGACGAGCUGGGCAAACAGUUUAGGAUGGACGAGUUUAUGAUCUACCCGAGGUACAUUCGGUACAUUCACAUUCCGGAUGAGCUCGAAAUCAAACCAGUCCUGGAGCAACACUUUGCCAACCUAUCCGGAGCGCGCAAACAGCAACAGAAACCGGUACGAAGAACCUACAAAAUGAAACGAGCCCAGCAGAACCAGCUGGAAACAUUGGCGGAAAAUUAUCUACCUUAAGCUGGUUUAGAUCAUCAAUGCACUUUAUUUUCGUUAAAAUAUACAAUUUUUAAGACUGUUGCGGUGUACUUCUA